GCCCGGCACAUGCCUGUUCACUUUGUCUCCCGACAACUCAGCCAAGGAGCAUCAUCAUCAGGAUGGCGAUGAUCAUUUUUUCGGUUCCCGCCCUGCUUGUUCUCGCUAUGGGAGUGGCCACCUUUGACCCUUUGGUCAACAUGGCGAGCAUGCCGGAUGACGAGUUGGAGGAAAUGCGGGAGGCGAGCUUGUUUCCGGCUCGUCGUAUUCGGGUCCCUUCUUGCUGCGAGUCCGACCGCGACUACAUGAACCUCGGAGAACACAGCCAUCCCCGUAUUCUCGUUAACAACACUUGCCGAAGAAAAUUGUGCCCCGAUGGGUUCAACCAGUGCGAGGAGCUCUACUACACCAUCAAUGUUACGGUGUUCAGAGAUAUCGAGGAUCUCCCGGGCCAGAAUUCACGCUCAAAAUCUAUUCGAUGCCCGAAGGUGUGGCACCAUGAAGAAAUGAAAUUGUCCGCCGCCUGCGUACCUGUUCAAGUAUGGACGCAAUCUAAGGAUAAACGGAUUAUCGAACGAUAUUAAAUGUACACUAUUUAAUUUAUGAAAAUUGGAACUUGACCCGUUACCAAAUGUAGGCAACUACUCUGUGUGCUUGAAAACUUUUUCCACUCCACUCCUUUUAUUUUUAACGGGCUUCAAGGGAUUCUUGUCGAAUCUUCGUCGUGAAAGCGUAAAAUCGAUAUAUUGUUGUUGUUAUCAUUAUUUUAUACCGUACGUUGCCGUAUCUGUACAACUAUCAGGAUCGGAGUCGAGUAUUUUCACGGUUAGAAUAUCAGUAAUAUAUUUUUGCCUUGAAAAGAAAUUUUCUUUUUUGCUAUCGCACCCGCGUAACACGUUUGUAUUAGAAAUUUGAAUAAUAUUGUAGCAAAAAAAAAGAAAUAAAAAAUAAAAAAUAUCCCAAAGUUAUCCAAUAUCAGCCGGAAAAAUGUCCGCGCGGUUUUGAAAGGAAGAGACGGGACGUAUCCUUAAUUCGAUCGCGGGAGUAAACUAAUAAUAUUCAAGUCUCUGGAACUUGAUAUUUCUAGAGAUUUAUUUUCCCUAGAAAGUUUUUCGCCGUCGCGACUCGCCUUGACUUGAUUGAGGCUUAGAUAAGUUUUCGCCUGUGGUAACCUUUUCCCUUUCCUUUUCUUUUUCUUAUUUUUUUCUUCUCUUGCCCCCCCCCCCACCCUUCCCAUCUUUCCCAUCUCAUCCCGUCACUGCGCCGAAUCGGAUUACAGGAUCAACCGCGAUUUUAGCUCCUCUCUCUGUAUCGUUUCGUCACUCUGCAACUGCCAAUUUGUAACGUAUUGGAAAGAAGGACCAAGUUGCUGUAUUUUUUUCAUUUAUUUAUUUAUUUUUUUUUCUUUAUACGUUAUCGUAUACAGGUGAUGUAGUUGAAAGCACGCCCAGAUUUAAGAUAUAUUAUACGCCGAACGACAAUUGUUUUAAUUUGCAACCACGUUAAAAAAAAAAAGAUUGCGAUGGUUUUCAAUUUCUGCACUGCGAGUAUAUUUUCUUGAUUUAACGAGAUUCCGGGAUAUGGUGAAAAUUACUUGAUGCACGAGUAUGUUGAAAGAUGGUGGAUUAUUUUUAGAUGAACUCCACCUGCGUCGAGUUUUUCUUCAUUGCUGCGAAGACUUUUCUUCCCGGCAAAACCAAUCGCAAUAUUUUUUUUCUGUUUCUUGUGUACAUUCAUUGCGAUUUCGGAGACAUCGGAAAUGAGGGGAAAUUUGUUUCCUCUCUUGCAAAAUUUUGUACCUACAGGGUCGGUCCCAUUUUAACUCAAAGUUGUUGGGUAUCGACGGGAUGACCCAACUAUGAUCUUUAAUUCGACAUUGAUCUUAAUUUUUAAGGUUAUCCGUAGGAAAACUUGUGUUUUUCAAAUGAAAACCACUAUUUUUAACCUCGGGUUAAUUUGAAGGUCAGGUUCGCAAUUUUUUUUUUUAGUCACUCAGCUGCGUAAGUUAAAAUUUGACACCCUGUAUGAUAAGCUGUGAGAAAUUUUUGGCAAAUACUGUAAUAAACAUUAAUUCAAUCCAGAAGCUAGAUUUUUUUCUAUAGCUUAAUUAACCGGUUUCCCAUAUUUCAAGUCCACUUGCUGUUUCAGUGAGAAUUUCCACUUCGAAAGGUUAAAUUCUUGUUUUGCCUAUUUUAAUACUGAAAUUUGUUGGUUUUUUGGCUUCGCGAUUAGCGGUGUUGAUUUAAGGGUGAAAGAAGAAACGCGAACCAUUUGUCUCUGUAUUACACAUAUAUAUAUAUAACGGAGAAUCAAUGACGAAAUUUGGAAUAAGGUUCGGAUGAAAUAUGAUACACGUCAAGUUGGAGGUGAAAAGAAAAGAGAGCGUAACAAUUUUAUAACGGUAAGAAAUAAUCUUGUUGUUGUUAGCCUUUGGCACCCGAAACUCGUUAAUUUCUGCUACGUAAAACGAUUGAAUUGAAUCGUCCAAUUUGCUCGAUCAAGGGAAAAGAAAAGCUUCUUCUCUUAUCCUUUUGAAGACGAAAAAAUAUUUGAAAAAUA